UGAUGUACUCGCCGCGUAGCCUACCAGUUCCAGUUCCAGUACCCAGCGACCCAUUUUCUUUGACUUUCUUCUAAUUUGGAACCCUCACCGACUUUACUCAAGACCCGUUCCUGUCUCUGAUGAUCUAGGUACUUGCAGUAGUACCGAGUAGGUAGUCGUCGGGGGUAGAACCGCUCUCUGCGCUGCAUGAACCUUGAGGGCCCCGACUAUUUCUACUUUAAGGUCGUGAACAUAUCUUUUUAUGAAAUCUUGCAUACAGCACCAGCCACCAAGCACCACAAAGCCAGCGCCAGGCCUUCUCCCCGCUUUGAGACGACAUCUCUCUCGUCCUCCUUCAACCAACUCCCUCGUCUCUCUCUACCAGCUUAACUUCCCCAACUACCUCGCCAUGUCUACAUGAUUGAGACCUUGCGUCUGGGAAAGAAGUCAUCAUGCCCAUUUUCCAAGACGAGGAUCUGGGGGCCGACCCAAGCCUGCCUCCAACCCAACCAACCAAGCAUACACGUUCAACAACACCAAUUGAGAGCAUUCCCAUGGGGAGGAAACUCUCCGAAGAAAGUAUCCGAACAGAGUUGUGUGAAGGACCUGUAUUCGACAUGCCCGAAGAGCAAAUCAAAGAUUCUGAAUCAAGCAAUACUCGUACUUCAGAUACGGUACAUACCUUCGCUUUCCAUGCAACGUCGGAUCGAAAGGAGCUCAUUGAGAGACUGAAAAGGGGAGAGAGUACUAAUUGGCUGUCGAAUCAUAAUGUACGCUGACUACUGGGACCUUUGGCCCUUCCACCUUUCACUGACCUCUUUCAAGCUCGAUUCCGUCAUUCACGAUUCCCCGUCAACCCCAACCAAGACGGUUUCGAAUGUCUCGAAUGUGAAUCCAUGCCCUUUGCAGCCUUCCCCCAAGUUAUCUGAGUCAAAAUCAAAUGUGGAAACCGAUGUUGAGAGAGUGCAAGCAGGCUUGCAGAUUGAGAGACCAAGAUCCGCAUUACAUAGUGGUGAUUUUACUGAAGGAACGAAAGAAGUCGGGAGUAAGCAGGCAAAUUCUGGAUUAUUCGGUUCCGAAAGACAGCCGUGGCUUGCCACCACGCCUCCACGCAACUUUUCUCCUUUUCAGCUCGACACUACGUUCCCACCUAUAGAGCAACUUUAUACCGAAGUUGGAUGGCGUUCAAGGGCUCCAUCUUUGUCUUCCUCGUAUUCCUCGAGCUUCGUUCUCAAACCCCCAACCAGCCCGUUGGUUCAAUCGGAAAGCAACGAUGAUAUGGAACUUGCUUCAUUUAUGAAUCCAAUAGAUAUCACGCAUGAUUCACAACGAUCCUCGCGCAUUCACAUGCUCCAAGCUUCACAUUCUAUGCAUUCCACCUCAUCGAUUCCGACUUCUUCAAGUUUCAAUAAGCCUCUACCACAUCUGAGACGAGACAAUGCAUUUCCUUAUCAAGCCCACCAACCUAGAAGAUCUUUAACAUCCAACACAACUCCAUAUCCUGCAUCUUCUCCUCAAACUCCGGACUUCUCGCGUUCCAGACGGCCAUCCUAUACUCUGGAUAGCUCACUGCUCCACGCUUCUAUGGUAGGCUCAUAUGAAGAAAGUAUUCUCCGUGGACGAAUGUCAACCACGCCAUCAAAGCCUCUCGAAUUCGUUGCUCAGAUUGGUGUGUUGGGUCUUGGUAAGUGCAGAUCAAGUCUUCGUUGUCCAGCUCACGUGACCCUACCAUUUCCGGCGGUAUUUUACAGCUACGAAACGACAAGCCACGGUCGGGCUAGAAGAUCUGAAGAUGGGCCAAGUCCUUAUGUGGGCCAAAUAGAUCUCGAAAAUGGCCUUCCAUGUCCAGAUGAAGCAAGAGGCAAUAAGCGAAAGCGAACCAAUGUCAACAAAGACCGUGGCCGGUCGGAUGACUUGGAUAUGACUGAUGGACCAAACACAAACCAUCUCACGGGGCAAGAAAUUCGACGGGCUGAGAAACAAAAGAGAAGGUCUUCCUCCCCAAAAGCACCCCUUGGAGGAUGUUACCGAAUUCCGGAAAAGGGGCAACUACAGAUCAUUAUCAAAAACCCAAAUAAAACAGCAGUGAAGUUGUUUCUAGUGCCUUACGAUCUCAAUGGAAUGGAGCCCGGCACCAAAACUUUCAUUCGUCAACGAAGCUAUACAACAGGCCCAGCUGUUGAUUCUGCGUCUUCAUCUACAUCGCAGAAUCCAGUUCCAUCUCCCAGGGAGGAGCGACCUACCCUCCGUUACCUUGUACAUCUGCACAUAUGUUCGCCAUCACGAGGGCGAUUUUAUUUAUACAAAAGCAUUAGAGUUGUUUUCGCAGACCGCGUUCCGGAUAGCAAAGAAAAGCUCCGAAAUGAGAUAUCAAUUCCGGACCCACGAUUCAGUGUGUACAAACCUAGCCGUGAUUCGGGGUUUGGGACUGGUUUCACAGGCGCUGCAGGUGCAAGCUUAGCAGCCGAAAAAGCAUAUAGACGACGUAGCUCGGGGUUCGCCUUGGGCUCAUCGCAUCGUACAUAUCAUGCUAUGGAAGGCAUCACACAAACUCUGGAGAAAGACUUCAGUAGUGGUUCAAUAUUUCCUCAUGGCCAGGGAACCAGCAAUGCCAUUCCGAUACAGCCAAUUCCAUUCAAUAGUUUCCGAAAGCAAAGCCAAGCCGAGGAUGAAUGUGGGCAGCAGUACCCUUCCAAUAUCCAGUCUUUGACAUCUAGCAAAAAUAGUCGGCCUACAACAUCACAGGGUCCUGAUCUCUCAAUGUCUUGGAAUAGUGACUCUACAAGCAUUGGUGGCUAUGGAAAGCUGAAUAAAGGUGACGCUGGAUAUGCCGGGAACCUUUUUUCAGGAUCACCCGAUGGCGGCAAGGCUGUCGCUGAAGGCUUACUGGCAAAAAGACUACGUCACCUUGAAGUCGAUGGAAAGAAUCUGCAUGAAGAUCAGGAUAAUAUUUAAUUUUUUACUCGGAGUUAUUGGAUACAGGAAUACCAGGAAUUUGUGGGGCCUUUGAAAUCUUCCAGUGUGUUUGACUUCGGACUUCGUAUAGGAUUUCUGUAGGGUGAUAAUCCCUUUGGUGUCUAGC